AUUAUAUAAUUUUAAAACAACUUUAACUAAUUUGAUUUUUUAAAUCGGAAAAGCUCUGUAUCCAUGUAAAAAAUACAUGGAUGUUAUCCAAGUAAUUUCCUCCACAUGCGUGCGUUCUUCCAUCCUAUAGUCGUUUGUUAUACAUGUGCCUCAUAUAACGUAUAUAACGUAAAUUUUUUCUGCGUGAUAAAUUUUUUUGAACGUAAACCUUGUUCUUUUCUCGCGUUUUCGUUCUUCUUUUUUUCUGUUCGCGUUUUUCUUCUUUAACUUCAAUCUAAUAAAAUUCCUUGUUCUCAGCAUUAUGGAUCUGGAUUGACUUUGACGUAAUUAGUUUCGUCGUUCUUCUUCUUUUUUGUUUUUUUCUUCGAUCUGGACUUUUGAAUUGAAACAAUGAAUGAAUCAAACUUCAAUUCAGUUGAAUGAGUGCGAUUUGGAUUAUUCUUCCGAAACGCAUCAAUUUGAUGAGGUUUGGAUUAUUAAAUUUUGAAUCGAAUUCAAUGGAAUGUAAUUGCUAAUUUUGUUUGAAUUGAAUUGAAUGGACAGAGGUGAUCUGAAUCUGAAUUGAAUUGAAUUGAUAAUAUCUAAAUUGUAGAUAGAGUUGUUUUGAAUUUGGUUUUGUAUAAUGGAUUAUCUUUCGUUUACUGUGAGUAACCUUUCGGUUCGAUAAGUAUUAUAGAAUUGUUUCACCGUUAAUGACGUUUUCGGUUCACCGUGCAGACCAGUUGUAUUGUGGAUGAAAGAUUUAUCCUAAAAGUGGGGAUGAUUUUUGAGACACUAGAAGAAGCUGCAAAGUUCUAUAAACGUUAUUCCAAACUUGCCGGUUUUUCUACCAAAAUAAGGAACACGACUCGGGAUGGAGACAAAAUCAAGAAUAAACUAAUUGUGUGCACCAGAGAAGGGAGGUGGAAAUCCAAGAUAUCUCCAACUCUGAAGACAAACCCCUCAGCUGGGUUAAACUGUCCAGCCAGGAUUUAUGUACACAUAAUGAAGGACGUUGGUGUUUGGACAAUUUCCAAAGUUGUUUUGAAUCACUCACAUCCUUGCUGUCCAGAACGGGUAGAGAUGCUCAAACAACACAGGGAGCUUAGCAUGUUUGUGCGUCGCACCAUUGAAAUCCACGAGAAAGCUGGAAUCAGACCGAGCAAAACUUACCAAUCAUUUGUGGCCGCAGCUGGUAGCCACCGUGAACUAGGUUUUAUAGAAAAAGAUGUGAGGAAUUACAUCACAAGGGAAGUACGGAAUAUUUCCGAAGAAGACGAUGCCAAAGAAUUUGGAAAGUACCUACUAAGAAUGAAAGAGAAGAACAAAAAAUUCUUCUUCAAGCUCAACCUUGAAAGCGAUCACUACAUUAAACAUGCAUUCUGGGCCGAUGCAAGAAGCAGGGCUGCAUUUGAGUAUUCGGAGACGUGGUUUCAUUUGACACCACCUAUAAUACAAACAGGUACAAUUUGGUUUUAGGUUCUUUUGUUGGCGUGAAUCACCACGGCCAGUCGACACUUCUCGGAUGUGCGCUGAUAAAAAACGAGAACAUUCAAUCAUUCAAACGGCUAUUUGAGUGUUGGCUAUGUUGCAUGGGAAGGAAGGCACCAAAAGUCAUUCUUACCGAUCAAUGCGCAUCGAUUCAAAGGGCAAUUGAGCUAUACAUGCCAACAACAAUUCACCGCUGGUGUAUCUGGCACAUCAUGAAGAAGAUCCCAAACAAACUAAACGGCUACAAGGGACACAUCGAUAUUGAACAAGAGAUGAGCCAUGUUGUUUGGAACUCGUACACAAAAGACGCAUUUCACAGAAACUGGAACGUUUUCCUCACAAAGUAUGGCCUCGGAGGCAACAAGUGGCUUUCCAGUAAUUGAGGAUUGGCAUAUAUGGAUUCCAGUUUACUUGGAUCACCACUUCUGGGCCGGGAUGAGAAGCACACAAAGGAGUGAGAGCAUGCAUUUAUUUUUCAACAAGUUCAUUACACGAAAUAGCUCCUUGAGACAAUUCGUGAAGCAAUACGACAAUUGCCUAGCAAGCAGAGAGCAAAUAGAGAGAGAAUUCGAUGUUGCAUAUUUUUACACCGUGAUACCGUGUGCAACAAAAUCAGCAAUAGGGGCACAGUUUCAGCAUGUAUAUACCCAUGAGAAGUUCAUGGAAGUUCAAGCUCAAUUCAGAGGUAAAGUGAACUGUAUCACAAGAUCAAUGCAUUCUACCCUAGGUUUCACAACAUAUGAAGUCAUAGAGCAGGUUUUUAACUCCACAUUCAACAAGUUUUUCAUCACCUACGAUGCAGUAUCACGAGAGGUAAAGUGCCAGUGCUUGCUGUUCGAGUCUAGGGGCAUAUUGUGCCACCAUUCCAUAAGCAUCCUAAGCUUUGAUCGAGUGGAUAACAUGACACUGAAAUACAUACUGGAACGCUGGAGCAAGAACAUAAAGAGGAGGCACACACACAUCAAGAGCAGCCAAGAUGAGCCUCUAUUGGAGCCGAGAAGUAAGAGAUUCGACGAAUUGGUGUUUCAGUCGCACAAUAUAUGCGAAUUUGAAUCCGAGUCCGAGGAGUUGACCAGAAUUCUGCACUGGGAGUUUGACAAGGUCAUGGCUGAGAUGCAAGAAUACAAAGAGAGAAGCAAAGGAAAAAGUUCGUUAUGCCACGAAAAAGCGACACUGAGUGAUGUGAAUGAACUUCAAAGCCCGCACGUGUCAAAACAAGAGGCCGGCUCAAGAACAGACUUGGAUCAAACUUGGAAAAAAAGAUCUCAAAUGCCAUGAAGAAAUAGAAAAAGACAGCUCCAAGUGAGCUAAACCUUUUAGACGCUGGAUCAUCAAUUCAGUCAAGCUCCACUCUUUACAAUGCACCAAAUAUGAAUUAUCCAAGAGAGGAUUAUACGAGUUUUAGUUUUUAUUAGUAUAAAUUUUUGUUAGUCUUUAAUUAAUAGUAAUUUUUUUGUGAAAUUCUUUAUUCCAAAAGUCAAUUUUUUCUUUAUUGAAUAGUCAAUUUAUUUUGCUAUGUCAGAGAGUUCAGGUGUUUCUGAAACUGAAUACUGAUAGAAACAUUUUUUUUUGUAAUUAGCUCUCAGAAUUUCUGUACAGUGUGUUUGCAACUUUCGGUUCGGCCAGUGUAUUAAUUUCGGUUCAC